AUGGGUGUUCCCAACACUGAAUGUCCGACGCUCGAAUUAUCAGCUAAAUUUGAGACCGAGACAUAUACAACCUUGUCCGUCGUCGACAACUGUGUGGUUGCUCCUGACACGCCCACUACGGCACCCCUAUCUGGUAAAUCCAAAGGAACGGCGCAUACUUCCCCAGUGAAGACUGCCCAAUCAUUGCACAAAUCCAAACCGUCGACGACAGCACCAAACACACUUGAGAAAACGCCUUUCGUUACUGAAACUCUACCGACAAUUCAGCCGACAAAGCAGCCCAGUGGACUUAACCCUCUAAAGAUCGAUCCAGUCAUCUUUUCUCCUCCGCUUAUGAUCGAGACGGAAUCCUCCACUGACACCAUGGUACCAUACAAUACAUCUAAGACUAAGACGCAGUCAGCAACCGAUGGUGACUCGACGGAAAUAAAGCACAGUAAAGACGCCAGCAAUACCCCUUGCGAUAAGCAGUCAAGCAAGGUUGCUUCGACUUCUUCAGACAUAAAAGCCCUAUUGUACCCCAGCGGGACCGAUGCCGCUGCUCUCGAAACUGCUGGUUCCGAGACUGCUGCGCAUGAUACCAAUGCAUUUGAUAACAAUGCACCUGAGAUCGAAGUGACGAUUAGUACAUUGGAUAAUCGCAGACUUCUUCGCAAAUACGGAUGA